UCAGGUUCAUCCACGGAUACCUCGACUGAGCCAGCUCUGCACCGCUCCUCAGGAGUCUGCGGGCAACAUCAGAGCCAAGAUGGGGCGGAAGGACAUCAUCUGCAGCUGGAAGAAAAGCAUCAGUAACAUCAAAGAUGUCUUUGACUUCAAGGGGAAAAUGGGAUCUGGGUCAUUUUCAGAGGUUUUUAUGGUGAGAGAAAAGACAACGGGGAACCUGUAUGCCCUGAAAUGUCUGAAGAAAAAGCACCUUGUUCAUAGCAACCUGGAAAAUGAAAUCAAAGUACUAAGAAGAAUAACACAUGAAAAUGUGGUGGGAUUGGAGGAUUUCUAUGAGACUCGAACACACUAUUACCUGGUCCUGCAACUGGUGUCAGGCGGGGAGCUUUUUGAUCGAAUUUUAGACAAGGGAGUUUACACCGAGAAGGAUGCAAGCACAGUGAUCACACAGGUGCUGCAGGCUGUCAGCUACCUACAUGAAAACAGCAUUGUACACAGAGACCUCAAGCCUGAAAACCUGCUGUACUAUAACACAGACAAGAAUGCUAAGAUCAUGGUCAGUGACUUUGGUCUGUCUAAGACAUUGGAGCAUGGUGUCAUGUCCACAGCUUGUGGGACACCAGGAUAUGUUGCUCCUGAGGUUCUGGCACAGAAACCCUACAGCAAAGCAGUGGACUGCUGGUCCAUUGGAGUCAUCACAUACAUUCUGCUCUGCGGCUACCCUCCAUUCUUUGAAGAGAACGAAACUCGUCUGUUUUCAAAGAUCAGAAGAGCCGAGUAUGCUUUUCAUUCACCAUUCUGGGACGACAUCUCUGAGUCAGCUAAAGACUUUAUCAGGAAUAUGAUGGAGAAAAACCCCACCAAGCGCUUCACCACUGAACAGGCAAUCAGACACCCCUGGAUUUCAGGAGACACAGCUAAAGACCUGGACAUCUAUCAGUCUGUCUGUGAACAGAUGGAGAGAAACUUUGCCAAAUCCAAGUGGAAGCAAGCCUUCAAUGCAACCUCAGUAAUCCAUCACAUGAAGAAACUGCAGCUGUCCCACAGUGGUUCCUCCCCUUCACCCCUCUCCAUGCCAAAUAUCAUACUGCAGUCCUCCUCCCAGGAUGAUCUAAAGGUCCUAGGACCCUGCCACGAUGAAGCAGCUGCCCUUGACCCCAACGGGAAUCCUGAUGCCACUCAUCUAUCCUGCUGUCUUCCUGAGUCAGGCAGGGGUCUGUGUCCACUAUUGAGACCCAGUCACAGAGAGCCCUGUGACACCCUCACCGUCGAGGAGUCAAGAGAAGUCCAUACCUUUAAGUCAACGAGCGACGCUUCUCUCAGGCCGUCCAGGAGCAUGGAUACUGUGGCUCAGAGGAAGGACCAGCCACUCCAGUCUGGAGUCUGCUCCCUCAUGUGAUUGGCUGGCCAGAAAUUAAUCUCAGUGGAACCUUCUUGGUGUGAAGGUGUCGACACAUCUGGUGUUGAGUGUUUUCAAAUCUGUUGUGGUUCCCUGCUGCAGAAGCAGAAACAUGCUGUGUUUUUAUCACAGAAAACACUUCCACAUGGAAUGACUGUUUGCAGUGAACAUCAAAUACAAACAGACAUAAGCUGGAAUUCAUCACUUAGCUUUUAGACAAACUCCUGUAGCAGAGAUGACGUUUAUUUUCUUAAAAUAAUUAUUAAUUGUAUGAUACUGCCAUCAAAAUUUAUUUAUUUUCAGUAGCUUUAGGUGACAUGCAAAGUGAAAGCACAUCAUUUUAUGACUUUUAUUUGACGUUUUAAUAAGAAGUUUUUUUUCAGUAAUCACUAAAUUGCUUUACACCAUAACACAAUCUGUAAAUGUACCUUUAACCGCUGGACAGUUGGGUCCUUUCUGUCAGUUUUCAAUGCCACAGUCGUGGUUGGAUACAGUAUGUUUUCAGGUUGUCUCUCUGUCUAUCCAAUUAUCAUGAACCCAAUGGUUCACAAACCUCAAGGGAUUCUUUUUUGAGAAUAUUAUCAAAAAUAGCAUCUCAAUUCAGGACAAACAUUGUUACUGUGGUGAUAAGAGAAGUUUGCAGUUGAAACAAAUUUAAGAAAAUUGGGGAUUUUUUACUUUUACUGAGCUGAGAAUUUACCUAGCUCAGCAACAUAUCCACCAAGUCAGAUAGCCAUGGGAUGAGGGGUUGAAAAUAGCAUUUACAUUCCGACAGACUGCCAUUAAAGGAUCAUAAAUCCAAUUUCCACUCAACACAGAGACAAUGCAGGGUAAAUUUUUUUUUUUUUUAGGUUAAACCUUUAUUUUAAGGUGGUGGUGUUCAGACUCAAUAACCUGGUGUUCACUGCCUCUGUUAUAUGUACAUAAGCUGCUUUUGUCAAAAAACUGAACAUAUCAAGUGCCACAAGCUGGUGUGAACACUAGUGAUGUCAUGAAUUCACAAAUGUAGUAAAACACACCUGUUUUUUGUAUAGUUUUCUCAAUAAAUAUGCAGUGACUAGCCUGGUGGUGAAUGAAGAGCUGCAGCAGCAUCCAGGCCUCUCCAAUCCAACAUUAAGAAUCAAAUCAAAGUGUAAACAGGCUUUUAUGUGAAUACUUUGGUUCUGUACAAACAACAAAUGCAACAGAGGAAAUAGUUCUUAAAAUUACAAUAGUCAUGGUAUAAUGGUCACAGUGAACAUUUUAAUGAAAAGCUGCUGAAUAAAAAUAUGUUUUUA